CGUGACUUUAAUGCCUUCCCUCGAGGCAUGAAUUUUACCCUCAGGAUGUUAAGAGUAACUUCCUGAAAUUUUGACGAAAUUAUUAAUAUUUGGUGCUAUUAACCUGUCUUUAGGCUUCAAUCUGACCACCUCCAUCAAUUACUUUCCCAAAUACACCUGAUUCAUCUUUGACUCAUCUUCCCGAUCACUACAUGUUAAUGUUUUGAAUUUUUGUUGUGACGUGUGCUACUGUGUUUUCUGUACUCACAUUUUCCAUCGGCAAAGGCGCAUAUUGAGCAAAAGAUGAACAAACAAAAUGGACAUCACAGCUGGCCUGAGGAUGUUGGCAUCAUCGACAUUGAAAUCUACUUUCCUGCCUAUUUUGUGGACCAAGGAGAACUAGAAGUGUUUGACAAUGUCUCGAAGGGAAAGUACACGAUUGGACUCGGCCAAAAUCGAAUGGGAUUUUGCUCGGACAGAGAAGACAUCAAUUCUCUGUGUCUCACAGUUGUGGAACAGCUCAUGCGCAAGCGGGGACUGACUUACAAUCAAAUUGGAAGGCUAGAAGUCGGCACCGAAACUAUUAUAGACAAAUCUAAAAGUGUAAAGACUGUCCUGAUGGAACUAUUUAAAGACUGUGGUAAUCACGACGUGGAAGGCGUUGACUCAACAAAUGCUUGUUAUGGAGGCACUGCAGCGCUUUUCAAUUCAGUGGCAUGGGUUGAAUCUAGUGCUUGGGAUGGUCGUUAUGCAUUGGUUGUCGCUGGAGACAUUGCAGUAUACGCUGAGGGAAAUGCAAGACCUACUGGAGGGGCUGGAGCUGUGGCAAUGCUUAUUGGUCCUAAUGCACCUAUUGUGCUGGAAAGAGGUCUUCGAUCCACAUACAUGGAGCAUGUGUAUGAUUUUUACAAACCAAACUUAAUGAGUGAAUAUCCUACUGUUGACGGAAAACUUUCUGUUCAAAGUUAUGCCAAAGCUCUUGAUAAAUGCUAUGAAGGAUUUUGCAGAAAAGCUGAAAAGCUUUCCAAAGGGAAAGACAAAAAGUGCUUCACGUUAAAAGACUUGGAUGCUAUGCUUUUUCACACUCCCUACUGCAAACUGGUCCAAAAAAGUUUAGGUCGUCUUUCAUUCAACGAUUUCAAAAGAGAUCCCGAUCCUGACAUGCAUCUUGAAUAUAGGGGCCUUGAAAUUUACAGAGACUUAAAUCUGGAAGACACUUAUUUCAACAAAGACGUAGAAAAGGCUUUUGUCGACCACAGCAAAGCUAUGUUUGAAAAGAAGACAAAACCUAGCUUACUUAUAGCAAAAGAAGUUGGGAAUAUGUACACUCCUUCGUUAUAUGCUUGUCUUGUUUCUUAUAUUGCCAGUCAGAGAAUUGAAGAUCUUUUGGGAAUUCGUGUUGGCAUGUUUUCGUAUGGGUCUGGUUUGGCAGCUACUUUGUUUUCCUUACGUUUCACAGAAGAUAUUGCUAAAGGUUCAGAGCUACGCUACUUACACGAGAGUUUACAGAAUGUUCAAUCGAGACUUACCAAUCGAAUUAAAGUGAGCCCGGAAAAUUUCACGGAAAUAUUGAAGCUCAGAAAUGUUACCCAUCACCAAGCACCAUACUCUCCAAUUGGGACAGUAGAAGACUUGUUUCCUAAGACGUGGUAUUUAGAAUAUGUUGAUGAUAAACACAGAAGAAAUUAUUCUCAGCUUAGAGGUGCUCCAUGCAUUACAUUAAAUGGACAUAUAUCAAAAGUAAGCAAUUCUUUGCACAUCGAGACCAGCAAAGUUACGGAUGAAUUUUGCAAACCCAGUGCCACACCAAUUUCUAUUAAGGAAGGACUCCAACUUGUUUGAUUGGUCACCCUCAGUGUCUCGCGUCUUGCAAAAAUGGAAGCUGUGCACCUGAAGGUAUACAAGCAAUUGUCUACUUGUGUCGAUGUAAUCAUUUUAAAGUUCGGAAGCUAAUAAGUUAUUGGAAAAAUAUUAGACAAAAUAGCAUUUCUAUUUUUUGUACAUCUACUUACUCAUGUCUAUUCAUAUUGAACAAAAAGAACUGUAUAUUGUUGCUGAAUAAUGGCAGCAAUUUCACAAACCUUAUAUUUUAUUUGUUAUGUUUUUUUUUUCUUGUGGGAGCCAGUUUUAGCUUUUGUUUAUAAUUACUUUUCCCUUUUCAACUGUUCUCUUAUUUGUUGAUGGUCUAAUGUACUUGUUGGAUUUAUGGUUCUGUUAAUGUUGAAUGAUCAAAUGAAGAAGGUUUAAGAAAUAAUAUUGAGAUUUUAUAGUUCUUUGUUUUAAUCUUGUGCAUAAAAUUUUUUAAGUAAAUUAACCAAGCGUAACCAAAACUGGAACACACUGUCUCAUGUAAAUAUUGUUGGGUAAAUCUGUGAAAGUGAUUACCAGUGUUACUGUUUAAUAACAAAAUUCCUAAUAGUUAUUUAUUGCUUAGUUUUAAUAAUCAAGUUAAAUAAGUGUAUUUUAAGCGGAGAAUCAAUAAAUAGUAAAACAUGAAACAUUAUCGUUUAUUCAGGAACAAUAAGUAAAAAAAAAUCAAUAUUAAAAAAAACACCAGUUGAAAAAAUACAGUAGACAUGUGUUUUUUAACGUUGUUUUUCUUACUUUAUUGUUCAACAAAAAGGUGUUUAUUUAUCUUAUGUAUUUUAGGGUUAAGCAAAAGUUCCUUCAUUGAAGCAAAGGUUGUAAGCAUUGAGGUGUAAGAAAUUUUAUUUAGUGUAUUUAAGGAAAAGUGACAGCAGAAGUGAAUUUAGAAUUUUGUUGUUUGGUUGCCAACGUUAACCGCAUUUACGAUUUUCCCGCUGAAUGGGCUUUUUGUUUUUCACUGAACCAAGCUUAGAGGCAGUUUGUUUUUUUGUUUUAUUAAAAUUUUCAAGCUACCACGCAUGAAAUUUAUGCAAAUGGAAAGCUCAUGCAUUCUUCCUUCAGAGGAUAUCAAUUGUUUUGUAAAAGUAUGGAUUUAUAAUGGAAGUUCAGAAUGAAAUUGCAAAAGUAAACAAGCACGCGUAGCUCAAAAAACGUCCCAUUGCUCCACCCCCCUUGGAGGAAUUCGCGCCAAAAACCAAUGGGCACAAGUUCGCAUAGGGGCACAUAUGUUUACCGAAUUUCGUUCGAUUUCAUGCGGUAGUUUUUGCUGUAGAGCGGCCACAAAAAACUGGUCACACACAGACGUGACACACACACGGACACACACACAUACACACAGACAGACAUUUUCCAAAAAUAGUCGAAAUGGACUCGGCACACCUCAAAACGUUCGAAUCCUUCGAAAUUCGAAAAUUUGCACGAAUCCAAUACUUUCUUCUAUAUAUUAGAUAUAGAAGAAAGUAAAAAUGUUUAUUACUUACAAAAGUUUUUGCUCAAAAUGUCUGAUUCCAGUCUUACCACCUCAAAGCAGACCAGAGUGUUGCGAAAUGCCUCAUUGCUUCACAGUUUUCAUUUCUUUACCUUGGCUAUCACUUCUCAUUGAUUACGCUCUAGCUGUCUUAGUAAUGCUAUUUUUUUAUUUUACUAGUAUGUGCAGCUUGUUUGUGGAGAUAAUGCUUGAUGAUGAACUUUAUUUCCAAAAUAGAUAAGCAUUAUGUAGAAAACUGGUUUAUAAUUUUCAUUGCAUUUGAAUGUGCAUUGAUUAUUUACUGCAUUUAUUUAUUUAUUAUUUUUUUUAAAUUUUU